AUGAAAAAGAGUGCAGAAAAACGACAAUAUUACAUCCAUCUUGUUGAAUGUAGAAAUGUUCCUACAGAUGAUUGUGAAGUGAUGUUAAAAUGGAAACGUGGAAAAAAACAAAUUAACAAAGGUGUUUUAAAACAAUUAAACUGUGUAAAUGGAAUUGUUAAAGGAAAUCAGUUUGGAGUAAUUAUGCCGCAAUGCACAUUAUUUAGAAAUUCUAAUGGCUAUGAAGAGAAAUUAAUUAAAUUGUCAUUAACUAAAUUCAAAGAUGACAAAAAGAAAAAACAAAAUGUGAUUGGGUAUUGUUAUAUUAAUCUUGCUGAAUAUGUAGAUUUUUCUACUAGACAAAAUGUUACUUUUCCUAUGAAAUCUAAGAAAGGUAAAUCAUUUGACUGUGAAAUUGAUAUACAGUGCCUAGGUGGAGUAGAAGUUUCUGAAGCUGAUAAAACUGAAAUAUUUUCUGCCUCUAAAUCAACAAAUCCUUUUGGAGAAGAGAGUGAUGAAGAGAUUAGUGAUGAAGUUAUAAAUCCAAAAAAAAAGUCUAAAGAAUUGGACAGAAAUAAUAAGUCCACUUCAACAUUAAGAAAAAAUGAAAUACCUCAGAAACAAGUAAAUACCACUAACCCAUUUGAUGACAUUAACACUCCUAAAAAUGAUUUAACUAAUAAAAAAUCAACAACUCAGUCUGUGAUAGUCACAUCCUCAAACAAUCCAUUUAGUGAAAAUAGUAGUGAUAAUUUUGAACAACAACCAACAACUGUUUCUCAAACUAAUCCCUUUGGUGAUGAUGUUAGUGAUGAAGCUACUAAGAUGGAUCAUCCAACAACUGCUAUAUCAAUUGAAACAAACACAAAUCCAUUUAGUGAAGAUAAUGAAAUUGUAGAUAAUAAUUCAAAAACAGCAGUAGUAGUUACAGACAAUUCAGCAAUAUCACAAAAAACACUUAGUACAAACCCAUUCAGUGAUAGUAGUGAAAAUGAUGAUAAUAAUCAACAAAAUGAGGAGCCUUUAGGCAUUGCAAUAAAAACUUCUACUACAAAUCCAUUUAGUGAUGAUAGUGACGAUGAGAAACAAAAAAUACAAAAUGUUACAGAGGUACAUCAGUCAAAUCCAUUUAUUGAUGAAAGUGAUGAACAAGUAGAGGAGCAUAGAAAUCCUUUUGGUGAUGAAAGUGAAGUUAUUGCGCAUGUCCAAUGUAAAGAAAGUCAUUCCUCUAGUGAAAAAAGUGAUGGGGUUGUUGAAAUGGCUGAAGGAACAAACCCAUUUGGAGAAGAUAACAGUGAUGUUAUUUCAGAGGAAGAACCAAAUCAAAUAGAAACAAAUUUACAAGUUGGUACUGAAGAUAAAACAAAUAGUUCAGAAGAUUUAGAUGGUAAUAUAUUUGUUUCUACAAGAACAAAAGAAGACUCUCCAGAAGUUAAUUUAAUAAAACCUAAAGAAGACUUAGUUCCAAUAAUUCAAUAUAAAAAGAAUUCAGGAUCUAUUGAUUUGAGAGAGGUAUUUGAUUCAGUUAAUAAUCUUAAAGGUAACCUAGAUGAUUUGGAUAGUUUUAUUAUACUAAUGAAGAAGUGGUGGUGUGAUGGACAACCCCAUAUUGAAUUAAAUGUUCUUCCAAUGAUAAUGGAUGAUUAUAAACAAUGUGUGUGGUUGUUAAUUGGAAUGAAAGAUCUUGGAGGUAAAAUCAGAAAGCCAGGUACCAAAAUGUCUCAGCGUGAUAUUCAAAUUAAUGAAAUAUAUGAAAGUACAUUCGUUCGUGCAGUUAAGCUAAUUUCUGCUAGAAUAGAAGGAAUUUUAGAUUAUUUAAUAAGUGUCACAAUGUUUGACUCAAAAAGGUCAACAUUUGAAGAAGGGGUUGCAAAUGGAACAGCAGAGAUUAUGAAUGACAUAUUUGAAUCAGUUUCAAAGAAUGAUCAAUCUAUUGCUGAUAGACUAUUGAAACAAAUAUGUCAUUUCAUUUGUUAUUAUAUCAUAGAAGAAAUGUUGAAGAGAAAUAAAAUCAAUGGAAUGAAAGGAUUCCAAAUGAAUUAUUUUGUUUCUUGUAUUCAAAGCCAAGUGUUUAAGAAAUAUAUUUCUUUAAAAAAGUAUAUGAAAUGUCUUGAUCCAUUAUUGGAGUUUUGUAGAUUAUUGACAAUGCCAAUGAGUUUAGAAAUAGUUCAAAUGAAGGAUGAAGUAUUUCCUUCAUUAUCUGUUUCACUUAUUAGUAAAACUUUACGUUCUUUUAGAUUAGAUAGUUACAAUUUAAAUAGGGUUCCACAACGUGUGUUUGAUUAUCUAUUUGAACAUCCUGAUGGUAAAAAUAUAUUAUCCCGCUAUGAUAUUCUUAAGUAA